GGGGGCAGUGUCUGGUGGCGGGAGCGGUGUAUGAGAUGUUAAAAGUGCACAGAGAGCUUCCAGAACUACUUGUCUCUUAUGGAAAGGAUGCAGUCUUCAAUGACCAAAAAGCCAAUAAAAGCACAAAACGUAUUUGGUGGCUCUACAUCUCACAGGAAGACAAGUGCUGAGAUUAUAAGUGAGGCUCGUUCAUCACUAAGAAUAUUAAAGACUCAAAGACCAUUUACCCCAAAAGAUGACCAGAGGAAACUUUUUGGACCUACUUCUUCUCGUACACCUGAAAAUAGACCUCCAUCUGCCUUCAGUCUCCAUGCUCGUAGUUUUGAAGGAAGUGAUUCACGACCUUUAUCAGUAACUCGCCUCACCCCACUUGGUCAUAAAUCAAAAAUUCUGACACCUUUUCCCAAAGAUGAAGGGCCUCCUCUUCCAAAACCACCUUUGGACCCACUGGAGAUUAAGAGAGUAAGCAACGCUCGUGCACGAUUAUUUAAAGCAGCCUCUCAGGGAAGUCUUCCGCUUGAUAAGGUGAUUCAUUCAAAGGAAAAGGUAAAGAGGUUGAAUUCAGAGGUAUCCUUGAACGAUAAAGAUUUUUCUGAUGGUGCUGAUAAAAACAUCUUCGACAAUGAGAAUACACAAUGCAGGGGAGCAGCAAAGAUCUUAUCUGACAGGAUGAUUAAGUCAGAGGGCUCACUUACGAGACCUGGCAGUGGAAGUGAACAGAUUGGUCAAAAUAGUAUGCCUUCCUCCAGCCCUUGCAGCACAGAACCAAGCAAUUUGCAAAGCAGAUCAGGGUCAAGUAGUGGAUCAAGGACAUGUGAACGAGAAACUGAAGAAGAAACUCUUUACUGGGAUACAAAGAUUCAGCCUAUACUUCGUGAACUCGAGCCAUUAAGCAGUGACAUUGAUGUAGAACAACUCUGCAAAACGUGCUACUUGCUCCAUUGUACUCUGGAGGAGGGAAAUAUGCUGGGAAAGAUGUGUAAGAGGAGAGGGAUCCUUCUGAAAACUCUCUACAAACUGGUGGAUAUUGGCUCAGAUCAACUCUCACUUCAACUAGCUAAACUCAUACUAUCUCUUAAAGUCAGUGGCAAAAAUCUGCUUAAUGUCUGUAAAUUGAUGUUCAAAGUUAGCAGGACUGAAAACAAUGACUCGUUGUUCCAAAAUGAUGGUAUUUUGGAUUGUUUGCUGGAUGUCUUCAGUGGCCCAGACCCACUUGGCAACAUUGAUGCUCUUUUAUAUUGUAUGGGAACAAUUAAAUUCCUUUCUGGGAAUAUGGCUUUGCUCAAGAACCUGCUCAAUAAAGGUUUAGUUGAGACUUUGGUACAAUUGACAAAGCAGAUCAAUGAUGCCAACAAAGAAAGUGACACAUAUUUCUCCAGCUCAGGACAUUUAUUGGUCCAGGUCACUGCUACCCUGCGGAACUUGGCAGAUCUACCUCAGUCUCGAUCCAGAUUCUUGAGCACUGGAGCUUUGCUGGAAUUAUGUGUGGUACUGGAACAACACAUAAAUGACAAAGAUGUCUGUACAAAUGUAGCCAGAAUAUUCAGCAAGCUGUCAGUUUACAAUGACUGCUGCUGUGCAUUGUCUGAAUGCUCCAGCUGUUACCAGUUAUUUUUGGUUAUUCUUCAGAGGCACCGAAAGAAGCAGGAUAUAGUUGUUCGUGUUGUUUUUACUUUGGGAAACAUGACUGCAAAGAACAAUGUAGCAAGAGAGGAAUUUUACAAGCUGGAACACAGUGUGGACACUUUGUUGUCUGUGUUUCAAAUAUAUCACGAGCUAGAUAUUAAAGCAAAAAGCACCUUACAGAAAAUGCAGAGGAAACGUGAAAUGGAUGAAUGCAAGAACCAGAAGCCCUCUGAAGUCGGUGAUGUCUUAAUAAAGCUGAUGAGAGUAAUUGCUAAUUUAUCCAUACACACUGAAAUAGGCUCUGCACUGGCUUUAAACCAAGACUGCAUGGAUCUGCUUAUUAAAGUAUUAGAAUGCACAUCAGUCGAUGAAUGUGAAGAACUGAUGAUCAAUGCUGCAGCAACCAUUAACAACCUGUCCUACUAUCAAGUGAAGAAUUCUGCUGUCGGGGCCAAGCAACUGCAUAUUGCUGAAUUGAUGAUGAAAAAGCUUUUGCUGUGUAACAAUAUGGAUGCGAUCUUGGAGGCUGCCCGGGUCUUUGGGAAUAUUUCCCGGUCUAAGGAGAUCCGUGAUUUUAUUGUACAAAAGAAUGUGGACAGGUUUAUGAUCACCUUAUUGGACGCCAAGCACCAGGAUGUCUGUUUCUCCGCCUGUGGAGUUCUUAUAAAUCUUACAGUUGAUAAAAGCAAACGAACCAUAUUGAAACAGGAUGGAGGGAUUAAAAAGUUAAUUGAUUGCUUGAGAGACUUUGGACCCAUAGACUGGCAACUUGCCAGUCUGGUCUGCAAAACACUUUGGAACUACAGUGAAAAAAUCACUAGUGCUGUGUUGUGCUUUGGAGAGAAAGAGACCAAUGAACUUCUAGAGCUCCUUUCUGCAUAUUUAGACGAAGAAAUUGCACUGGACCCGGCCAAGAGUGGGACAGAUGAAGGACUAGUGGAGUUCCACAGAGCAUGUUGGGAAUCUGAGUUUGUGCCUGUAGCCCAGCAACUACUGCACAGGAUUCAGUGUCAUCACACUCACCUGGAAGCUCUGCCCUUCCCCACACAGUAACAUUCCUUCUCUUAGAAAGGUCUCCAUUGUCUUCCUUGUGGAUAGAAAAAUUGGUACUAUUAAAUCCACUAUUCCUGCAAUACUUGUAUACACAGACAGACAUAGACCUCUAUCCAUCACAAUCAUCUGUAAUGCUUAACCAUAGAAUAUCACAGAACAAUAAGUUAUUUUUAAAUAUUAAUAAGACACUGGUGUUUUGAAAUGUUCUGCAAUUUAAAAUAUUAUUGCAGCUAAUUUACGAACACACAAUUGAUACUGUUUAGAAUUCACAAAUUUGCAAUGCAAAAGGUUUUCUUUGUAUGUGUGGAGUGCAAAAUACCGUGAGAGACAACUAAUGAUAAUCCAAUUUGGACAAUUGUAAAUAUUUUCUUUGUACAUUCUAAAUAUUUUCAUUUUGAAUUCGCACAAGGUUUCAUGAUGUGCGUAUCUUUAACUGUUUUCUCCAGUUGAUUAUUUUAUAGCAGAGUUUAAUUAAAGUUUUAUUUAUUGCU